AUGCCGCGAACGUUUGAGGAGGAAUGCGACUUCCUUGAACGGAUCACGCCCACGAAGUUCAGAAUAAAGAAGGGCUUUGUGCCGAACAUGAAUGUUGAAGGUCGUUUUUACGUCAACAAAGCUUUGGAAACGUUGAUGUUCGAUGAGCUCAAACAAUCAUCAUUGACACCUGGUAACACUGGCUUUUUACCUGCGGUGCGUCAAAUUGCAAACGUUGCUGCGCUUCCCGGCAUCAUUGGACACUCAAUUGGAUUACCCGAUGUUCACUCCGGCUACGGCUUCAGCAUCGGAAACAUUGCCGCCUUUGAUGUGAACGAUAAAAAUUCGGUCAUUUCACCAGGCGGUGUCGGCUUUGAUAUUAACUGUGGUGUUCGCUUGAUUAGGACAAAUUUGACAGAAAAGGAUGUGAGACCGGUGAAAGAGGAAUUGGCGCAAUCACUCUUUGAUCACAUUCCCGUUGGAGUUGGAAGUAGAGGAGUGAUCCCGAUGGGUGCAAACGAUUUGAUCGAAUGCCUUGAAAUGGGAAUGGAUUGGACAUUGCGUGAAGGAUAUUCAUGGGCUGAAGACAAGGAACACUGCGAAGAAUAUGGUCGAAUGCUGCAAGCAGAUGCGAGCAAGGUGUCAACCAGGGCAAAGAAGAGGGGACUACCUCAGUUGGGUACACUUGGAGCCGGAAAUCACUAUGCCGAGGUGCAAGUAGUGGAUGAAAUUUUCGACAAACACGCCGCUGCAAAAAUGGGAAUUGAUGAAAUAGGACAAGUUGUUGUAAUGUUGCACUGUGGAAGUCGAGGACUUGGACAUCAGGUGGCGACGGAUGCGCUCGUUGAGAUGGAGAAAGCAAUGGCGAGAGACGGAAUCGUAAUCAACGAUCGGCAACUCGCGUGUGCUAGGAUUCAAUCAAAUGAAGGUCAAGAUUACUUGAAAGCAAUGGCGGCGGCGGCAAAUUUUGCCUGGGUGAAUCGAUCGUGUAUGACUUUUUGUGUGAGACAGGCUUUCUCUCGUGUGUUCAACAUGUCGGCUGAUGAUUUGGAUUUGGCGGUAAUCUACGAUGUCUCUCAUAAUGUCGCCAAAAUGGAGGAACAUUUGAUUGACGGUCGCCCACGACAAUUGUGUGUGCAUCGAAAAGGAGCAACUCGAGCAUUCCCCGCACAUCAUCCACUCAUCCCCGUCGAUUAUCAAUUAACAGGUCAACCAGUAUUAAUUGGCGGAAGCAUGGGUACGUGUAGUUAUGUGUUGACGGGAACCGAGAAAGGAAUGGUCGAAACUUUUGGCACGACAUGUCAUGGAGCGGGUCGAGCCUUGUCGAGAGCGAAGUCCCGUCGCAAUAUUUCUUUUCAAGAGGUGUUGGGUGAUCUUGAGAAAAAAGGAAUCUCGAUUCGAGUGGCAAGUCCGAAAUUGGUCACAGAAGAGGCUCCUGAAUCGUACAAGAAUGUGACUGAUGUUGUUGAUACGUGUCAUGAGGCGGGAAUAUCACGAAAAGCUGUCAAACUUCGCCCAAUUGCUGUGAUCAAAGGA